AUGCAGCGCCUCUGCUGCGUCUCUUGCUGCUGCAGCAGCGGCAGCCUGCUGCAGCGACGCCGGCCUGCGGCCGCGCCGCCGCUGCUGCUGCUCCUGCUGCAGCUCGCCGCGUGGCUCGAGCCACAAACAGCAGCAGCAGCAGCAGCAGCAGCAGAUAACACGGCCCUCGGGCUCUACUGGACUCAAGGCGAAGCCCCGCAGUUACAAGCCACGCAGUGGGCCCCCCAGUGGCAGCGCGGCGCUGCCAGCAGCUACAGACAACGCAGCAGCAGCAGCAGCAGCAGCAGCAGCAGGCUGCUGCAGCAGGGGCCCCUCUUUGACCCCACCUUCUCGAGCUGGCCCAGUGCUGCGCCCAGCAGCUUCGGGUCCUUCGCCCCAGCAGCAAGCUUCUCAGCAGCAGCAGGGGGCCCCACAUCUGCUGCUGCUGCUGCUGCUGCUGCUGCUGAGUUGCCUCUGGACUUCCCGUUGCGCGUGGAUGCUGCUGCUGCGGGCCUCUUCCCCCCUGCUGCUGCUGCUGCGGGUGCCUUCCCCCCUGCUGCUGCUGCUGCUGCUGCAGCAGACGAUCCGCCGCGGCGUGUUGCUGCAGUGCGGGGGCAGCGGCGGCUGCUGCUGGGGCUGCUGCUGCUGUGUCUGAGCAGUUUGCUGUUUUCCGCAGUGACCCUGAGGGCCCUGGGGGCCCCCCGGGGGCCCCCCGGGGGGGCCCCCCGGGGGGGCCCCCGGGGGGCCCCCGCAGCAGAGUCUGAUGAAUUAAAAGACUUAAAAAGGCUGGGGUUAGAUGUUUUGGGGCUGCUGAGUCCUUUGCUGGGAGUUGCUGCUCGGGGCGUGGAUUUGCUGCUGCGGGCCGAGCAGCAGCAGCAGCAGCAGCAGGAGCCGUCGCUGCUGCAGCAGCUGCAGCAGCACGCGAAACGCCACAAAGGCACUUUAGCAGCAGAAGCAAUCCUCGCCAGCUUCGGGCUGCUGCUGAUUGCUUUGGGGCUUUUGAAUAUUUACAGAACAGCUCCUGCUGCUGCUGCAGAGCGGCUCCGCAGGCGAAACCCUAAACCCUAA